UUGCUGAAUUUGCAAAAAUUUUGUCGACAUCAGCAAAAAAUGUAAUCUGAUACCAAAAAAUGCUGAUUUUGCACAAAAUGUAAUCUGAUACCAAAAAUGCUGACUUUGCACAAAAUGUAAUCCGAUAUCAAAAAAAUGCUGAUUUUGCAAAAAUUUUGCAAAUUUGCAGCAAGUGUUAUCUGAUGCCUGUGCGAACAAACGUAGGUAUAUUUGAUUUUGUAUCCCUUUAUCAGCGGAAAUGUGUAUAGUGUUACAAAAGACGAAUGCUCAUAUCUUUAUUUCAUUUAAUAUCACAACAGGGUAAAUCCCCUAUCGGAAAUAUUGGGAAUCCCCUAAUUUCAUUGCUAUUUUUAGUUCAUGAUGUCAUGGUUAUUUUAAGUUCAUGAGGUCACUGUUAUUUUUAGAUCAUGAUGCAAUAUUUAAUCAGUAUAAAUAUGAGGGUGAAAGCGUGAAUUUUAACAGUCUUCAGACAAUCUUCAUACAGUGAAAAUACAAGUUGUGAUUAAUUCAUAUAAUUAUUGUUAACAGUUUUUGUGCUUCCUCGUAUAGUAAAAAUACAAGUUGUGGAUAAUUCAUAGGUAUAAUUAUUGUGACAAAAGUGAAAAAACGUAGGUAUGUCUGACACAGUGAGCUCUUUAGCUAAACGUUCUAUAAAUUUAAUUCGUGAAUACAUUAGUAAAAUUAAAACUUUAGAUGAAAUUAAUUCGUUUUCGAAAUAUAUUAACAGAAGUGUUAAAAUAGUUAGCAAAGCUUUGAUCAAUAAAAUUCAUGAAACAAACAUUCAUGAAAAUCCACAUUCUUUGGAAGCCAGUCUUGCUCAUUUGAAAUACUAUCGACUCAAAUUAAAAAAAAAUAAAAAAGACUUACUCCACAAUAAAAGCAGUAAAGUUGGUCAGGGAUUAUCAAAUGUACCGAAAAAGACAUUUGGUCAAAAGGUUUUAUGGGAGGAUUUAAAUUCUUGUUUUAAAGGAAGAAUUCGUUCAGGUUUUAUUUCAAAUAUUCAUAUAAAAGAUCCAGCAAUAUUUUUAACACGAGCAUAUAAAAGUUUUGUAUUAAAAAUUAAAAAAGAAUUAGCAAAGUCAAUGCUUAAAGUAAAUGUUGUGUUUUCAGGUAACUUCAUACAACCAUCUACGUUGGAAAUAGAUUUAAAAACAUUUGCAACUAGAAAUAAUCAUAUAGAUUCAACAACUAAUAUUAGAGAAUGGUAUCAUGAAAAUGUAGUUAGUGUAAUAUUAAAUAAAUUAGAAUCAUUUGCUGAAAAAGAUAGUGGUUGGGCGUUAUAUGAAAUUUUGGGAUUAAAGGUAAAUAUUAAUCAAUAUGAUCCAAUAAAAUUUGGAAAUAAUUCAAGUUUUGUGGAAGUACCGAACUUUAUUAAAAAAAAACGUUGUAUAAUAAAUGUACAAAAUAAUGAUCAAUUUUGUUUUCUUUGGUCAGUUGUGUCUGCAUUAUAUCCUGUAAAAAAUAAUCCCCACAGAACAUCAUCAUAUCCAAAUUUUGAAAACGUUUUAAGGUAUGAUAAUAUAAGUUUUCCAAUAACAAUUAGAGAUAUUGAAAAAUUUGAAAUAAUGAACAAUUUAUCAAUUAAUUUAUAUUGUAUUGAAGCAAAAAAUAAAAUAUUUCCGGCACGUUUAAGCACUUAUAAUAAAAAUAAUGAUAAGAAUAUUCCUACAAUCAAUUUACUCAUGCUACCAACAAAUAAUAUGGAUGAAGAAGAAACGCAUCAUAAUAAAAAAUUAUAUUACCAUUUUGUAUGGAUUAAACAUUUAUCUCGCCUUUUAUCACAUCAGUUGUCUACUCAUGAACAUAAAACAUUUAUUUGUGAACGAUGUUUAAAUUAUUUUACAACCGAAGACAUUCUAACCAAACAUAAAAUUCACUGUCAAAAGCUUAAUCAGUAUUCAGUGUCAUUACCACGCGAUACAUCUUUGAAAUUUAAAAAUCAUCUUUAUAAGGAAAAAGUGUCAUUUGUAAUUUAUGCUGAUCUCGAAAGUAUUUUGGUAAAAUGUUCUCAAAUUGAUAAUAAUAUUCACAGUAAAACUAUCCCUUACCAAAAACAUAUUGCUUGUAGUAUAGCUUAUUACUUAAAGUGUUCAUAUGAUGACUCACUUUCAAAAUUUCAAUUAUAUCGUAAUCAAGAUUGUAUUCAGUGGUUUGUUAAGGAACUAAAAGACAUUGCCGAACAAUGUGAUAAAAUAUUUAAAAAUAAAUUACCCAUGGAAAAACUUAGCUACGAUCAAGAACGUUCAUAUAAAGAGUCCAAUAUUUGUCACAUUUGUAAUAAAACUAUUGAAUCAGAUCAAAUUAAAGUUCGAGAUCAUAAUCAUUUAACGGGAAAAUUUAGAGGACCGGCUCAUCAACGAUGUAAUUUAAAUUAUCAAGAUUCAUAUACCAUUCCUGUUGUGUUCCAUAAUUUGAGUGGAUAUGAUGCUCAUUUUAUUAUUAAAGAACUGUCAACAGCUUUUGCCGGUAAUAUUAAAUUACUACCAAUAAAUAAAGAAAAAUAUAUAUCAUUUUCCAAAUCUGUGGGAGGUACUAAUGUCACUUUUCGAUUUAUAGAUUCGUUUCGUUUUAUGUCUAAGAGUCUUGAUCAACUUUCAUCAAACUUAAAAGCUGAACAAAAAAUAAUAACACGAAAAUUCUGUAAAACAAAUGAAGAAUUUAAUUUAUUAAUAAAAAAAGGGGUAUUUCCAUAUGACUAUGUUGACAGCUGGGAUAAACUCAAUGAAACAAUAUUACCAUCAAAAAAAGAUUUUUAUAGUACAAUGCAUGAAUCUAAUAUAUCUGAAGAUAGUUAUAAACAUGCAGAAACUGUGUGGCAGACAUUUAAAAUUCAAACAUUGGGAGAAUAUAGUGAUUUAUAUCUACGUACUGAUGUUAUUUUGUUGGCUGAUGUUUUCGAAACUUUUCGAGAAACAUGUUUAAAUACUUAUAAAUUAGAUCCACUUCAUUACUUCACUCUUCCAGGAUUAACUUUCGAUGCUAUGCUGAAAUCUACUGGAAUAUGUUUAGAGCUAUUAAGUGAUAUAGAUAUGAUAAUGUUUAUUGAACGGGGUAUUAGAGGAGGUGUUUCACAGUGUAGUAAUAGAUACGCAAAAGCCAAUAAUCAUUACAUGAAAGAUGGAUAUAAUUCAAAUGAAGAACUUUCAUAUCUCAUGUAUUUUGAUGUCAACAAUCUCUAUGGUGCCGCAAUGUCUCAAUAUUUACCUUAUGGUAACUUUAGAUUUUUAGAAGACUUUAACAUUACAGAAAUUUUAAAUACAUCAGAUACUUCCAACGAUGGUUAUAUAAUUGAAUGUGAUUUAGAAUAUCCAACUCCUUUACAUGAUUUACACAGUGACCUACCUUUAGCACCACAACAUUUAAAACCACCAAAUUCCAAAUCAAAAUUAGAAAAAUUGCUUUUAACAUUGUUUCCAAAAAUUAAUUAUAUAGUCCAUUAUCGCAAUUUAAAAAUGUAUUUAAGACUUGGUUUAAAAAUUACUAAAGUACAUCGCGUCCUAACAUUUAAUCAGAGCCCAUGGCUUAAGGAAUAUAUAGAUUUAAAUACACGCUUAAGACAGCAGUCACAAAACGAAUUUGAAAAAGAUUUUUUUAAACUAAUGAUUAAUGCUAUAUAUGGUAAGUGCAUGGAAAAUGUACGUAAACAUAAAGACAUUAGAAUUGUAACUAGGUGGGAUGGUAGGUACGGUAUGCGCGAUUUAAUUUCAAAACCCAAUUUUCAUAGUUCUGUUAUAUUUGAAGAAGACAUGUCGAUAGUUGAAAUGAAUAAAUUAAAUGUGGUACUAAAUAAACCAAUUUAUGUAGGUUUUUGUAUUUUAGAUAUUUCAAAAAUAUUUAUUUACGAAUUUCAUUAUGACUAUAUUAAAAAUAAGUUUGGUAAUAAUGCAAAAUUGUUGUACACAGACACCGAUAGUUUAAUAUAUCAUUUUAAGACAGAAGAUAUUUAUAAAAAUAUUAAGGAAGAUAUUCAUCGCUUUGAUACUUCCGAUUAUAAACUUGAUAAUAAAUUUAAUAUUGAAUUAAAAAAUAAGAAAUGUCCAGGGCUCAUGAAAGAUGAAAAUCAUGGCAAAAUUAUGCUUGAAUUUGUUGGGCUUCGAUCUAAAAUGUAUUCCUAUACAGUUGAUUCAGACACUGAAGAUGAAGAGCAUGAUUAUGAUGAAGUAGGUCCAGCUAUAAAACGUAAAAAAUUUGUGAAAAAGUCGAAAGGGUGCACAAAAUCUUCAAUAAAACAUAUUACAUUUAAUGAUUAUAAAAAAUGUUUAUUCGAUUUAGAUAUAUUUCGUAGCACGCAAAGACUCAUUCGAUCUAAAAAACACUCUGUGUAUUCUAUAAAACAAGAAAAAGUGGUCUUAAGUCCAUAUGAUGAUAAACGCAUAUUAUUAAGAAAUACUACGGAUACAAGACCUUGGGGAUAUGCUAUUAAUCUAACGUGAAAUAUAGAGGAGCGGUAUAUGAAACAAAUUCUUAAAAAAAAAAAUUAAUAAAUAAAUAAUGAAACGAUACAUAAAUUUACUACUUGGUAAUCCAAUGUGAAAUAAAGGAAAGUGAUCAUACGAAGAAAAAGAAGUUGUAGCAAGAUGGAACAUCAACAGUGUCAGGAAGAAGAAUCAACAGAAAACUUAUUUAUUAAAAAUCGAUGUUUUCAUAUUGAAUAUGAAGAAUAUGAAGCAUAUCGACAUGUGCAGGAGAUCAACCUUUACAAAUCAAUAAAAAAGUAUCACAAAGAACAACCUAUGGUAAGAUGGCUUCUUAAAAAAUCAAACUGCAUAAUUUCAGACAACGCUUGGCUGUGGUUUGCACGAGCAUAUGAAGUACCUCGACUGAUCGAUCUAUAUUUGCUAGUGGAGAAAAAACUAGAGAUGGAUAAGUAUAUUAAGGAAUUAAUGAAUCUUUUACAGCAAACAAAUCGAAUAUACAUUAAUUUCAAUGAGAUGGAUAACAUUCUAACAAAACAAACUAAACAGUUUAAAUUUUAUUUUUUUGAAUUGUUAAGAAAUAGUUCAGAUUCUUUGGCAGAUGAUGAACUUUCAAAAUAUUAUCUUGUUGAAAACAUUAAAAAUAAUUAUAAAACUAUAAAUGAAUGUAUUAAUACAUUUGUUUGUGAAGCUGCUUAUUUAGCUAAUUAUAAACCAUUAAGAUCAUUUUUUGGAACUUUGUUUCUGUUUGAUUUAUCUUUUAAGUUUAAUCCAUUGGAGAAUCAAAGACAUCAGGACAUUUUGGAUUGGUUAAAGAAAAACAUUAGAAAGGGUGAGGAAAAUCCUGAAGCACAUCUUGGCUGGACUACUGGAGCAGAUUCAGCACGUUGGCCUUCCAUGAAAUUGACAGAUUACAAAGAUACCUACGAUUUGUUAUGUAUACUUACGUAACCUGUAUAAUGUACUGCAGUUUUGUGAAAUAAAACAAUGUAUAAGUUU